UUAGGGCUCUUCGUCUAGGGCUGGCAAUGGGUGGUGAAUAGGAGGAGAUCCCAGCGAUGUCGAUCGCGUCGCCCGCCGCAGCGAAUUCAUCCGCUUUGCGAUCUCAGCUAGCAUCGGCGCCAGCGCCGCGUCGAGUAGCAGUAGCAGCAGCAACAGCAGCAGUGUGGAAUCUAUCAGCAGCUUGCGCCAGGGCAUCAAUCCACAGUAGCCUCGGCGGCGGCAAUCCCUGGCGAUCGGCGGCCUUGGGGAGGAGGAGCGCAAGAAAGCAGCAGCACAGGCCUAGGGCUCGCGCCAUCACGGCCAUGUUCACGGGCAUUGUGGAGGAGAUGGGCCGGGUGCGCGGCGUGAGCGUGGGCGACGAUGGCGGCUGUGAGAUGACCGUGGAGGCGAGCAUCGUCCUGGACGACGUGAAGCUGGGCGACAGCAUCGCCGUGAAUGGCACCUGCCUCACCGUCACGGCCUUCGACGCGGGCGCCUUCACGGUCGGCCUGUCGCCCGAGACGCUGCGAAGAACAUCGCUGGGCGAGGUCUCCACGGGAUCGCAGGUGAAUCUGGAGCGAUCGCUGCAGCCCAGCUCGCGGAUGGGCGGGCAUUUCGUCCAGGGGCACGUCGAUGGCACCGGCACCAUCGUUUCCAUGGAACCUGAGGGGAAUUCGCUGUGGAUCAAGGUGAGGGCGAGCCCGGAUCUCCUCAAGUACAUCGUCCCCAAGGGAUACAUCGCGGUGGACGGGACGAGCCUCACGGUGGUGGAUGUGAUCGACGAGGAGAGCUCCUUCACUUUCAUGCUGGUGGGAUUCACGCAGCAGAGGGUGGUGAUCCCGGGCAAGGCCGUGGGCAACAGGGUGAAUUUGGAGGUGGACAUCUUGGGCAAGUACGUGGAGAGGAUGCUCCAGGGAUACGCGGUCCCGGCCGCCAGGAGCUAGAGCGCUGGAAGAACUCGCCCAAGAACUAGGAGUUUGCUUAUGGAAUAAUAAAGAGGUCGGUGGUUCGAUUCGUU